AUGGAGCAAGGCCAUGGAAACCUUAUUCUGGACCGCCAUCCUCAUCUCCUCCUUCAUCCUCCUCCACCUCAUCUCCCUCCUCCUCCUCCCCAAGCCUUCCUCUUCCCCAUCGUCUUCCUCCUUCUCCUCCUCUUCCUCCUCCGCUGCCGUGUCUCACUCCGCCACUCCCCCUCCGUUCUCCUCCCCUCCUCCAAGCACUCCGCUUCCUUACCUCCGCUCGCCCUACGCCUUCCCCUCGCCCUACUCCCGCCACUCUCGCUCCCCCGCUUCUACCCACUCCAGCCCCGGGCUAUGCUCCUCCCCUUCCCCCCCCAAGAAGCGCAGCAGCGCUUCCCCCGCUUCCAGACGCGCCUCUUCCGCCUCCCCGCCCCCCUGCGCCUCCUCCCCCUCGCUGCCCUCGUCCAACGCGCCUCUCUCCGCGCAUCUGCUCUCGUUCCCGCGCCCGGAGGUCGUGCUGGGUGUGUUUCUGCUGCCCGCGCUCUCCUUCUCCAUGGCUACACUCUUCCAAGGCACGGCAGCUGGGCAGCUGGUGGUGGCAGUGGUGCUGCUCCUGCUGCUCGCUGCUCUCCUGCUCGCCGCUCUUCGCUUCGUCAUCGCCAUCUUUGCCAAUGCAGGGCGGCCCCUCAUUGUGUACGAGGAGCGAGACACCAACGCCCUUUCCAACCACUCCUGCCCUCCUCCCUCACAGCACCUCCUCUCUCGCUUGUCCAACCUGCUCCUGGGUCGCCCGCUCUCAGCCUCCUGGCGUCCCUCCCCACACCCCAGCACCAGUAGCAGCCUCAUUCUCAGCACCAGCAAGGGCCUUGGUCGUCAAAACCGACUCUCCCUCCGCUACCACAGCCACAGCAGCAGCUCCGUGGUUCUCCUCCUCCACCCCAGCGCGUCCCUCCACAGUGUCACGCGCCAAGGGGCGCCUGCGCACGCUGCACCUCCUGGCAGACCUCUCCCACCGCACUGCUCUGGCCACGGAAGCAGCUCCGUGGUUCUCCUCCGCCCCAGCGCGUCCCUCCACGGUUUCACGAGCCAAGGGGCGCCUGCGCACGCUGCACCUCCUGGCAGACCUCUCCCACCGCAUUUCACUCGGCGCGCUUCUGGGAGCCUUCCCCCUGCGCUCCUCCUCGUCCCACGCCGCCUCCUCCCAGGUCAUAGCCCUCCUCUUGCUCUCCUCUCUGCACCUCCUCUUCCUCCUCCUCGUGCGUCCCUUCAUCUCUCGCCUCAUCCUCGCUACAGAGUCGCUCUCUCACGCCGCCUACAUCGCCCUCCUCUCCCUCGCCCUCGCUUUCAUCUCUCUAGACCCAUCUGCAAACCCCACUGCGUGCCAGCCGGGUUCUGCCUGGGAUAUCGCCAUGGUAUCAAUGCUUGUGGUUACUGCGGCUGCACAAACAGUUACCUUCUGGUAUGGGAUAGUGGAGCAGGUUAGAGCGCUGUGCCCUGGUAAGGCGCUUGGGUCGACUAGAGGAGCAGCAGCAGGAGGAGUAGCAGGAGCAGGAGGAGGAGGGGGAGGAGGAGUGGUAGGGGUUCGGUCGAGGAAGCUUCUGACUGCUGGCCCGGCAACUUCUCCCAAGGCUUUCUCGCCUUCCUACUCCCUCCCCACCUCCUCCUCCUCCCCCUCCGCGUGCUCCCCCGCGCCCUCUGCGGUUGUUCAGUUCUGGGAAGGUCUGAAGGCUGUGUGGCAGGGGUUCGGGCUGCUGCUGCCGGUGGCUGUGCGUCCGUGGCUGGGGUGUGGGAGCAAGAGGGAGAAGGAGGAGGAGCGAGGGGAUGCGGCGGAGGAGAUGGGGAAGCAGUCGCUGGUGGCGAAUGAUGGGUGUGCGGUGGAGAUUAGUAAUGGGAGCAGUGGUGGGGAUGGGGAGGGAGGGAUGGGAGGGGCGGGAGGGAUGGAAGGGGUGGGAGAGGAAGAAGCAGGGGUGCAGGAAGGUGAUGAAGGGUAUGAAACUGCAGAGGGGGUGGAGGGUCAGAGAGGAUUAGAGGCGGGCGAAGCAAUGACUGUAGCAGCUGAUGGGUCUGGCGCUGCUGCUUCUGUUGCUGCUGCUGGCGCUGCUGUUGCUGGCACUGCUGCUGCCGCUGCUGCUGUGGGGAUCUUCGCAGCAGCAGGAGGAGGAAGCGGAGCAGGAGGAGGAGGUUCAGAGGAAGGCUACAGGACCGAGCGUGCGAGCACGUACACAUCAUCCCCUAGUGUGGCAGCAGGUACAGGCACUCUCACAGCGUCUGCUAGCAGAACGAGCAUGGCUAGUGCGCUCACUCACAACAGCCUACCCACCACCAUCACCACCACCACCACCACCGCCACCGCCACCGCCACCACCACUGCUACCGCCACCACUGGUAACCAGGAUGAUGUUCUUAGAAGCAACAUCAACAACACCAGCAACACGAAUGGAAGCGAGGCUAGUACGGGCGUUUCUUUUACUGACUGGGCUACAGGUUCCCAUACAGACGGGCUCACUAUAAGCUCGAUGGCUGGCUCCUGGGGUUGGUCGAACGGUGGCCCGAAUGGAUCCACACCGCUAAGUAACAGGGUGUUUAGCGUUUCGCGCAGUGCCGGGCUAAGUGCAGCGUUUAGCGGUGGGAACAUGAGGGUGGGGAGUGUGGGAGCAGGUGGAACUGGAAGGGUUGCUGGUGGGGUGAUAGGAGCAGCAGGAGUGGGGUUCAACAGUCCUGGUUUCAAUGCCGGUGGGUCUGAUAAGGGACCUUCUGCUCCUGCUCCUGCUCUCUGGGCGAGUACCCAUAGCCCUCUGCCGGCUGUCAGUCCUGUGAUCUCACACAGCAUGGAUGGUUCACGAGGAGCAUAUUCCGGCAGUGUUGCUGCAGCUGCUGCCGCUCCUAGGGCCUACUCAGUCGAUAGACACCAUAAUGUUCCACCAGCAUUCGCUGCUGCUGCUGUUGCUGCCGCUGCUGGUAAAUCCGGAGCAGCAGGAACAGAGGUAUCCCACGGGGCAUCAGAGCUUCAGAGAGAGGGAUCGGAAGCGAGCUCAUUUGUUGCGGGCUCCACCCUCCCAGUGUCCCCUGUGGCGCAGAGCAGGUGGCCUGAGGCCAAGCCUUCCCUCUGGGCCUCCCUUCUCAGCCUCACUGGCGUGAAGAAGACUGCUGCUGCUGACGCUGCUGGCGCUGACGCUGCUGCUGCUGCUGCUGCUGUAGCUGCCGGUUCUGAUGGUGCUGGUGCUGAUGGUGCUGGUGCUGACGGUGCUUCUAGUGGGUCCUAUGGAGUGCCGGCAGGAUUGGCUGCUACAGGUGCAGCUGCUGCCGCUGCGGAGGCGAUUCAUCCUGCUGCUGCCUUCCCUGCUGGGAGUGUGAGAGUAGGAGAGGGGAUAUCACAGGGCGGUCAAGCAGGCAGGGUGACGGAGGAGGGAGGAAUGGGAGGGACGGGAGAGAGUGGAGAAGUGAUAGUUAAAGUGAAGAGGGGUGAGGGUGGGACAGAUGGAGAGACGGAUGAGGGGACACGGGGAGGGGGAGAAGGAGGGACGAGUGUGGAAGGGAGGGUGGGGAGUGGGAGGAGCGGGAGGGCUGGAAGCAUCCAGGUUUGGAGCCAAGCCUCUGGCGGAGGCUCGGGACGUGGGAGGCAGGAGGAGAAGGACGGGGGUGUGAGGGAAGAGGAUGUGGAGGAGGGGGUGGGGAGUACAGGGGAGCCUUUUGGGGUGGGGGGAGGAAGGGAAGGGGGAGGUUGGGGCGGGAAGAUGGUGGAAGAGGAGGAAGAAGGGGGUGCUGUGGCGUGCAGUGCGGUGGGCGGGGGUGGUGAUGGGAGGAAGCGUGGAAUGAGGACAUCUGAUGCGAGUGUGGAGGUGAAGGGAGGGAAUGUGAGGGAUGGUAUAGCAGGAGAAGACAUGGGAACGGUACCAGGGAGUGCAGAUGGUAUGGAUGGUGCUGCUGCGGCAGUUCCUGGUGUUGUUGCUGUUGGUGGUGCUGCUGGUGUUGGUGCUGCUGCCGGUGCCGGUGGUGCUGGUGAUGGUAAUCCGUGGGUGAUGAGGGCGAGUGUAGGGUCCACUGGAAGCUGUGGUAGUCGACCCAGGGACUUCAUCCCUCCUUCCCUCCGUGACUCCUCCGCCUCUUCUGCUGCAGCUCCUCCUGCUGCCGCCUCUCCUGCUCCCCACGCUUCUGCCGCUGCUACUUCUGCCUCCCCUGCUGCUUCUGCUGCUGCUGCAGCGGCUGCUACUCCUCUAAUCAAGCAGGGCACAGCAGGGGGGGCUGAAGGUGAGGGCACCAACCCGUUAGACGGAAUGAGCCCAAGCAUAUCGGGGAUUCGGCGGGAGGUGGUAGAUGGGAUCCUGGCAGCAGCAGCGGCGCUCUAUGAGGAGAGGCACACAGGCGGCCCUGCUCCUGUGUCCCCCUUGCCUGCUCCCUCCCUCUCUGCUUCUCCUGCUCCUCCUGCAACAGUGGGAGCAGCAGCAGCAGGAGCAGCGGGAGCAGCAGCAUACGCAAUUGUCCAGCCGAAAGCUUCCACGAUGCACACUCCUGAGGCAGAACGCACGGCCUCGGAACACAGCAUUCCUGCUGCUGUCAGCAAGUAUCCGUUGCGGGAGUCAGUGGGACAAAACGUCGACGGCGAGGAGGUGAAGUCGGCUCGUAGCAGCGCUGCACUAUCCGGCUCUGCUGCUGCCGGUGCUGCUGGUUCUGGUGGCGGUGGGGGUGUGUUUGGUAAGGGGAUAUCAACAUCUUCUUCUGUCAUGUCUGCUGCCUCUGCUGUGGGAUCUGCAGCUCCUCCUGCUGUUUCUGCUGCCGCUGCUGCUGCUGCUGCUGACUCUGCUGGUUCGUCUCCCCCAACUGCCGCUGCUCCUGCUUCUGUCGCGCCUGCUGCUGCGCCUUUCCCUGUGUCUGUCUCUGUCUCGGCCUCUGAUCCUCCUGUUACUGCUGAGGGGAAAGGUCCAGGAGCUAUGCCUCUUGAAAGCCCUGCACGGAUGAAUUUUGCAGCAGCAGCAGCAGCAGCAGCAGCUGCUGCUGCUACGCCAGCAGUGCUUCCUGCUGCUGCAGCACGUGUGUUUGUGGAAACGCCAGGAGCAGCUGCUGGGACUCCACUUCCUGUGUCCGUCCAACCUGGAACAGCUCCCUCUCCUGCAGCAGCAGCAGCAGCAGCAGCAGCAGCAUGCAAACUGCCAGGAGCAGGUUUCGUCACUCCCACCCCAACAGGAACAAUGGGAAUGCAUGCAGCAGCAGUGAGAAUGCCAGCGGGAGCAACAGCUGGAGCCACGCCUGCAGCAGUGUACGGCACGCCUGGGUCCUUCCCUAUGCCCAUUCCCGAGAUGUGUGAGAGCCCUUUUGCCACGUCCCUGGACUUUAGCUUUGCAGGGCAGGGAGUGAGACAAGCGAGCCAACACAUGCCGCAGUUGGUGCAGAGAAAGGAGUAUCGAGAGGAGCAGCAGCAGCGGGAGUCUGUGGAUAGUCCCGGAGCAGAGGCGUAUGGGCGAGCUAGGUCGGGGAACGGGAGGAGGGAAGGGUUUGGAGGGGAAGGUAGUGCUGCGUGUGAUGGUGCUGCCAGUGGGACCUCCUCUCAUGUGUCUGCUCGUUCUGCUGCUGUCAUCGCUGCCCCUGGACCUGCUCCUCCGCAUCCACCUGUUGCUGCAUCAGUGUCCGCAUCAUCAGCAGCAGCACCAGCCGCAGCAACAGCAGCAGCAUCAACCGCAGCAGCAGCGGCAGCAGCUGUUGCUGUUGAUAGAACCACGGAGCAGCACUCUGCCUCUGGUACAGAGGGCAUGGGGGAAACAAGCUCAAUGGGAGAGACAUGGAGCAAUACGAGCCAGGGCAGCAGUCAAUGCACCGGGGAGACGGGGAAGAAGGAGAAGAAGAAGAAGCAGAAGCGAGUGAAGAAGGCAGUCCGGGUUGCAGAGAGCACCGCGUCAAGCCUGGGCUUCCAUGCAAUGGAGGGGAAUGAGAGGGCGAGGGAGAAUUUAGAAGAGAAUGAUCCUAUGGCAGCGGUUGAUGGGCUGCUAAUGGUGGCUCCUAAGGGUAGUGAAGCAGGGGGUAGGGCGAGAGGGAGGGUGGAUGUGGAGGGAGGGAAAGGAGGAGUAGGAGAGGGGGGUAAUGCGGCAGAGGAGAUUGUACCUGUGAGGUCUUGCUCUCCUGAUGUCAGUUCCAUGGGAAGCAAAGGGCACCGGAGCAUUGGAGGAGGGUUUGCUCUGGCGCAUCCUAGUGUGGGAUCUGGUGCUGGUGGUGCUGGUGGUGGUGCUAUAGGCAGUGGUGCCGCCAGGAGUGGGAAGAGUGGUGGUGGAAGUGCAAGGGGGAGUGGUGGGGGGAGUGGUGCGAGGGGUGGAGUGGCGAGUGGUGGGUCGCAGGGGAGCAGGGGGGGAAUGGAGGUGCUUAUGGAGUCAACGGCUAGCAAUAACACGAGGAUACUGAAGGGUGCUGUGGUCGGGGAGAGUGUCUGCACCAGGGAAAAAGGGGUUGCUUUGGAUGAGAGUGUCAGUGGGUCGACUACCAACUCCCUUGCCAAGAAAGCUUGA